UUAAGAAAUCAAACCCAUCCAGGGGCCACCAUGUUGGCCCACCUCAGAUCCCGCAGCAGGAGUUUGUUCCCCGGCAGCCAGACUCAUACAAUCAAAGAGCAGUAUGACUACCUGGACCUCAGCAACACCUUCGUGAAGCCAUGGAGCUCCAUGCAGGACCUUGGCAGAGACAUCUACGACCUUUAUGCUGAGUAUGAGUACGAGGAGGAAGAGGAUCGAAGCUCUGUGUCUCACUCUCGUCUGCUGCUCUCUCAAACCCAACACUUCAAUCUGAACAUCAAUGUUGGAGGAACGGUGUACCACUUGCCCUACGUGUUAGCUGCCAGGUAUCCAAAGACGAGGAUCGGCAAGUUGGCCACGUACACAGACCACUACAGGAAGCUGAGCCUGUGUGACGACUACAUCGUCCAGAGCAAAGAGUUCUUCUUUGACCGGGACCCCAAAAUCUUCCACAACAUCUUCAACUUCUACAGAACUGGAGUGUUGUGCAUUAAAGACGAGUUGUGUCCUCGCAACUUCCUGGAGGAGAUAAACUACUGGGGCGUGAGGAUCAAGAACAGCCAACGCUGCUGCCGCAUCUCCUUUGAGGAGAGGCAGGACGAGCUGAACGAGCAGCUGAAAAUACAGAAACAGCUGAUCGCUGAGGUGGAGAUGGAGGAGAAUGAGGAGCUCUUUCACAACAUGCUCUUCGGGUCAACCAGAAGCAAAAUCUGGAACCUGAUGGAGAACCCUUUCUCCUCGAUUACCGCCAAGCUGAUGGGGGUCGCCUCCUCCAUGUUCGUGUUGAUCUCACUUGUUGCCAUGACACUCAAUACUGUGGAAGAGAUGCAGUACAAGACCCCGUCAGGUCAACCCAGCGGCAGGUUCUACGGCGAGUACCUGGAGACGUUCUGCAUCACCUUCUUCACCCUAGAGUACCUGCUGCGCCUGGCCUCCACCCCUGACAUCAAGUGUUUUCUGCGCAGUGUGCUGAACACAGUAGACCUGGUUGCCAUCCUGCCACACUACCUGCAGAUGAUGCUGGAGCACUUUGAGGACAAGGACAUACAUCUGCACGCCGAGGACAUCCAGAAUGUAGGACGGGUUGGAAAGCUGGGUCAGGUCCUCAGGAUCAUGCGUCUGAUGAGAAUCUUCAGGAUCUUGAAGCUGGCUCGUCAUUCAACAGGCCUCAGAGCCUUCGGGUUCACACUGAGGCAGUGCUACCAGCAGGUGGGCUGUUUGCUGCUCUUCAUUGGUAUGGGCAUCUUCGUGUUUUCAGCCAUGGUGUACACUGUGGAGCAUGACGUUUACAACACCAACUUCACAUCCAUACCACACGCAUGGUGGUGGGCUGCUGUGAGUAUUUCCACAGUGGGCUACGGCGACAUGUUUCCAGAGACCAACCUGGGCCGAAUCUUCGCCUUUGGCUGCAUCUCCUUCGGCGUCAUCCUGAACGGCAUGCCCAUCUCCAUCCUCUACAACAAGUUCUCUGACUACUACGCCACGCUCAAGUCCCACGAGUACACGGCCGUCACCAAGGCCCGGGGGAAGGUGCACUUUGCCAGGAGGGCGGCCAAGAGGCUGGCAGAGUGCUGCGAGGACACCGUUCAUCAGAGGACAUCACGUCUGCUGUGAAACAGGUUCAGGUUUCCAGGUGUGCAGUGAAGACUUUCAGGACAACAGAGACUCCUAGUAUGUGGAUUAAAAGAACUGUAGGUACACAUCAGACCUUUUUCACUGACUUUUGUUAAAAAAAUGUGGGUGUCAGUCUUCUACUGGAUUUCAUUUUUCAGUUACGUUCACAUAUUUCACUUUGAUUGAUUUCAGUUGUUAAGAAAUGACGCAAAAGAAAAAAGAUUUGAAGGUCCUUUUAAAAAAAACAACUGUCUAAAGAAUUAGCUAGAUUUGAAUUUGUUUAAAGAUCUAUUUGUCAGUAAUCGUGUUAUUAGUAAUGAAAAUAUAAGUUUUUUUUACAUCUUUGAAAAGAAGAUAUUUCAUUAGUCAGUUUUGUUAUAGUAGCAGAGAUGUCCUUUAAUUUCCUUAGGAGACACCUCUAUGUUUGCUGGGUUUGGAAACACCUGUUCCCUUUCUCUAAAAAAAAGAAAAAGACAGAUUUAAGAACUCAAUCAUUUUUAUUUUUCAAACAAAAUUUUUUUUCAAAAGAAACAAUCACCACAAGUUAUAAAAUGUUACAUGAAAUUAAAGGAUGGCAUAAACAAUCGGGACCUUUAGAUAGCAUGAGUCUGUGCUGUUCAGUGUCUGCACACAUUGAAGACGGACACGUUUUGGUUUCGGUUUCACUGGUUAGAGACAUCUCAAGACCUUAGGGAUGAAAAAAACAUCGGUAUGAAGACAGCUAAAAGAGGAGCACUGUGUUUCUGUGAUUUUCUUAGACUAUUUAAGGACUCUGUGUGAACCAUUAUUACUCUGAAACAGAACAUUUCUUAAAGACAUAACACCCUUUAGUUCCUCAGGUUUUAAUGGAAAGUCUCCCUGCAUGUUUGUUUUCUGCAUGAAUGAAUGAAUCAAUGGUUAAAUAAUUUCCACAGCUUAUUUUCUUCAACACAAACACUCUUCACUCACCCAGUCGUUAUAAAUCUAUUUAGCAUUUCUUUCCUCAUUAUGUGAUAAGUUAAGGUCUAUAUGACUCCACCUCCAGCAAAUAAAAAGUGUUUGUGUUGAAAAAGAAACAUCAUAGGAUCAGAGUACGACAUCACUCAGUUGUUGUACUAAUAAGAGACGUUAAACAGCUUUAUUUUAAGAAUAACAGAACAUGUAAUUUAUUGUUUGUAAAACUUGCACAUGACUCCCUGAACACAAGCAGCAUCAUGAACAGGUUUCUGUGAUAUUAAUUUGUCCUCACAAGUCUCAUUUCAUUUCAAGAGAUUUUCAUCACAAGGGACUGAAAUAAGAGGGAUCCAUGUCUUCAAAACAUUCCCAGUAUGUCUGCAAACACUUGCAGACCUGCAGGUAUUUUCAGGGAGAAAUAUCCUCCGCUCCACAGGAUGAGCUGAGAUCAACAGUUUUAAAUACAAAGUCUCUACUUGUUGAGAUUCUCCAGCAGGAUCUCCGCUCCUUUGUUUCCACUCAUGCUGCUGAGCUCUGAUUUGAUGGACUCCAGCGCCUCCUUCACCUCCGAGGAAACGGACUUGUCACAGCUGUUCAGGAGGCUGCAUGAAAAUAAAUGAAGGUUUUGAGAAACGAUGCUGUAAUCAUGAAAAUGUUCUUUUACUGUUGAAUUUCUUUAUCAAGAGAGGAUCAACCGUCUGAAACAGUGCUCAGUUAGCUCAUGGCUAACAGAAAUCUAAGGUGGUAUCACACUGUGCACAUGUGCAUUUGGAUUUGUAUGUGUGCAAUAGAGUGUAUAUAAGAGCUAGUCUACAUGAUAUCACUCACUCAUUAGUGGAUUUGUUGAGACAACUUAUCAAUAAAAGAUAGACAUGCUCUGAAGCAUA